AUGAAACAUUCCAGCGGCUCAAAAUCAUCGCCUAGAGCUAGCGAGUUGAGCUAUAGCGAGAAAGGCUCCAAAGGGAAAGAAAUCGAAGAGCCGAUAGAGGAGAAGCCUAUCGACGAGAAACCACCCCCAGAUUACGCUUUGGAUGGGGCGAAAGAAGACACCGUUACGCAUAUUGAGCACGCCGAAACGAAUGAAGAAGAACCCCCUCUUAAGCCGUUGCGGCGACGUAGGCGGGCAUACAAUCACCUGAAGCGGCGAUGGUAUUUCUACGCUGCUGGUAUAGUCGUCUUUCUCGCAAUAUUCUUGCCGAUUCUAUUCCUCGUCAUAGUACCCGCACUCGCCCAACGCAUUAUUAAUGUGGCGGCACUCCCUAUUCACUGGGUGCACAUCCUCGACCCAAAGGCUGACACCGUCGGAGUAUCUUUCCAAGCGUCACUCAAAGUUCCCAUCGGCCUGACUGUCAAGAUGGACCCUUUUACUAUGUCCUUGUACGACCAAAACGACGACGGGAAGAGUGUUACGUAUCUCAAUGCCAAUUUACCCGAUUAUAAGCUGCAUGGCAAUGCCAAUCUCACAGUUCCGUAUCAGGUUGAUCCGGUUCUGGACAAGCCCAUGUUCUCUAAGUUCAUGAGCGAUGUCGUCAACAACGCUAAGUUUACCCUGAAAGCGAAGAGCCUGGGAAAAGUGACUGCCCACUUUGGGAAGUUGAAAGCAAAGGUGAAUAUGAAGAAAGACAUCACCUUGACCGGCCUCGAGAAGUUCAAAGGUUUGGGCAUUACCAGCGGCCAACUGGCCCUGCCACCAGAAGACGAUGGCGUCAACUUCAUCGGCAACCUCUCCGUUCCAAACCAGUCUAUCCUGACCGCUGACAUGGGCAACGUCACUCUCAACGCUCUCUCCGGUGAUCUAGUCAUCGGUAAUGUCACCAUGUACCACGUCUACCUCUCUCCCGGCGCGAACGCCAUCAAGUUCCGCGGCACCCUCGACUUCAUGACCAUCCUCCAGAACCUCAAAGCCGUUUACGCCGUCCAAGCCUCAUACCUCAAACAAGGACAGAUCCUCUUGGGCGUUACCGGUACUGCUACCAUCUACAACGGCGUCCACAUCACCUACAUCGAGGAAGUGAUGAAUGCGCUACGACUCGACGUCCCCACCGCGUUGAAGCCGAUUGUGCAGCAGUCGCUGCAGGGAUUCAAGAGCAACAUUUCGGGCGUGGGAACGUACAUCUUCAGUAGCUUUGAGAGCUGGAUUAAGACGCUGGAUUUGAGUGCGUUGAAGGGGAAUGGGACCAAUUUGAAUACUACGUAG